AUGGAGGGGGCCAAAGUGUACGUGCAAGAUGCAAGGGAAUCCUGGCAGCGGGGCACCGUCCAAGCAGCUCUGGGCGGCGGACGCUACAAGGUGGCGCUGCAAGGCUGGGAAGAGGAGGAGCCCCAGACAAGCCAGACAAGAGAGGUGGAUGCCUCCAACAUGGAGGGCGGAAUGCUACCCUUUCAGAACGCAGACAUGCCAAACAAUGGCUUCCCAGACAUGACCACGCUGGACCACUUGCACGAACCAGCGCUGCUGCACAAUCUGCGUCGGCGAUUCUUCUCCCAGGCGUGCGAACCUGGCCAAGAGGAUUCUAUCGAGAUGGACACCUCGACCGAGGAAUUUGCAGCCAGACCCUGGAACGAUGAUGAUGCAAUUGUCACGACAGGCCUACGGCAAGGGCAGACCUUGCUGGACAUGCUGCAGGGACACUGGCGUCGGAAGGAAGAUGGUCAGCCCGUCGGCCAACUCUCCGGAGCUUACUUCGUGUGGGACCCUCGUUGGAAGUUCGCAGACAUGGUAUCGCCCGUCUUCGAGGACCUAUCAGGAGCCUUGGUCAUCGAUCUUGAGAGCCAGCUCCACUUUGGGCGCCCCUUCUUCGGCCGUGAGACCUUGAUCAGCUGGGGCGACGGCGAUGUCUGGGUGAAGCAGUGA